AGCUCUUGAGUCAUUCCCGCGCCGACCGCCACGAGGAGUGUGGGUCGUUCUGCCACGCUGUUGUUGCGCCACGAGACUGAUUCGUCGCCAUCGUUGACGCAUUGAUUAAAAAUUCUCGCUGACAAAAUUUUCGCUCACAGUGUACAAUAGUCUAUCGCGAGUAUUGAAUUCAUUGUUUUUUUUGAGAGUGAUCAGUGUGCAGUGAGCGGUGACCAGUGAACCACGCAUGGAUUAGCGUUAGCGCCAUCCACGAAUUUCGAGCUACGGUGUACAGUGCCCGUGUUAAACUGGAUUUCAUUCUAUCGACGUGUCUCGCUGCGCCGAGAAGCGACAAUCUCGACUUGUCUCUGAGCGUGCCACAGCAUCACCAGACGUCAUAUCACGACGGCUACAGUAUGACUGACCAGACAUUCCACACGCCCAGUUUUGGAGACGAGGAUUUCGACAUCCCGGCCAUUCAUCCUCAUCCACAUCAGCAGCACCAACAACAUCAGCAGCAACAUCAUCAACAGCACGAUCAGAUGCACACGUAUCAAUCGCAGAUGAUGCAAGGAAAUGGCAUGCAGCAAUCUCCAGACGGGCUGAGUCUUGAUCCUGGCGGAUACCAACAGCCACUUUACAUGCAACAGGAGCAUCCCAUGCAGCCCAUCAAUGUCAGCUCAGCAUAUAGCAGUCCCCAGGGUAAUUACUCGACUAUAACGUCACCGGGUCAGCAACAUCCUGGGCAGCAGCUGCUUCUGCUUCAGCAACACCCACAUCAACAACAGCAACAACAGCAGCAACAACAACAGCAGCAGCAGCAGCAACAGCAGCAACAUCAGCAACAGGUGCAAAUGCAACAACACAUACAGUACAUGCACCCCCAGCAACAGAUGCAGCAACAGCAGCAACAGCAGAUGCAGUAUCGGAGUCCGACAGGAGGUAGUCCACCUGCUAUCCAACCAAAUGCCAUUCCGGAGAAUAACAACACUACCACCAGCGAGGAUAGUGAUGACAGUACUCCACACUCCGCGAUGUUGACUGGCAUAAAACGACCUUCGCCAGAGCCAACCGACACUGUGAAUAAGGCCCAGAAGAAGCCGAAGGUGCAGAAGAAGAAGAAGAAAAGAGAUCCGAACGAACCACAAAAGCCAGUCUCGGCGUACGCACUUUUCUUCAGGGACACCCAGGCAGCGAUCAAGGGACAAAACCCCAACGCGAGCUUCGGCGAAGUCUCGAAAAUUGUCGCGUCCAUGUGGGACGCCCUGGAUACCGAUCACAAGAACGUUUAUAAGAAGAAGACUGAAGCUGCGAAGAAGGAAUAUUUGAAGGCUCUUGCAGCAUACAGGGCAUCAUUAGUGAGCAAAGGCGCAGCAGAGAACGAUCAGCAACAGCAACAACAGCCCCCACAGCAGCAACAACAGCAACAACAGCAGCCGGUGCAGUACGGUGGAUAUGCCGGAUAUGGAGGAAAUGGACCGCCAGGAAAUGUUGCUUAUCAAGUUUAUAGUCCGCAACAAGCUCAGCCACCUUCGCCUCAACAGCACCAACAACAUCAACAUCAACAACAUCAGCAACAGCAGCAACAGCAGCAAAUGACGAUCAAAAAAUCUCCUCACCACCUUGCAAUGCAGGCCAAUCCUCAGCAACAACAGCAGCAGGCACUAAUGAACAAUACUAUGGCGCCUCCACAUAUGACGCAGCAACAGCAUAUGCAACAACAAUACAUGCAGCAGGUGCCACAACAGCAAGUGCAGCAGGUGUCGGUGCAGCAACAACAAAUGAUGCACAUGAGUCCUCCUAGAGCUGACUCCUUAUCGAGUCCUCCACCUGUUAGUGGUUCUCAAGGUGCUAUGGGUGGUCAGCGACCACCUACAAAUGCUUGCAUUCGCCAUGGAUGUCCAAAUCCUGCUGUAGCUAAUAGUGAAUGGGAAGAUGAAUACUGCAGCAAUGAGUGUGUGGUCAGCCACUGCAGGUUUGUAGAUGUGUUUACUACGUGGGUAUCAUCAAAUCAAAAUCCCCAGCAAAAUUUCUCCACCGUAAAGUAAGCAGUUGGCUAGAGAUGACCUAAAAGUUUUAAUUACUCGAAGGCCUCGCAUUUGGGGCCUGUUGUUGACCCAUUAAGUAAGGUAAUUUUACACAAUAUGUACAUAGAUUAACGUAGUGAGAGUUCCGAAACGCUGAGAAGGACCACAUGGAGGCCCAAUGGAGACUGGCUUGGAUGUACGGGUAGAAUGCCAAUAUGCAAAAAGGCGAUACGACUGUAAAAUGCUAAGGAAAAUUGUUGAUUCUUACACGACAGUUAGGUUACAUAACCUACAGAGCCACAGGCCAAAAACUUGUUACUAACUUGUGAGAAAGACCUUUUGCCGAAAAUUCACUCGGAUAGAGACUCAUACAUGUAAAUACGUGAAAAGGACAUAAUAAAAAUUCGACUGCUUCCCCGGAAUUGAUAUCUACGAAAGAAGUCGAUGCACAUAAAUUAAUAUUGUCCACUCCUAUUUCGUAUUCUCGUUAAAUUCGUCUGAUCGAUUACGAGCUUGUACACGAAUUUUUAACUUGGACCGUUAAAUUCUGAUCGAGCGGUCGUAUUACGUGUAUUUCUCGAAAGACUAUACUAACGAUAAAGUACAAGAAACGAAGGGGGAAUGUAUUGCAUGUAAAUAACUAUGUGCGAAUGCUACGAAUGCUUUGUAAUUUUGUGAAGACAAAAUAACGAUCGGACAGAGGCAGGACAGAAAAACUUGUAGAAUAACUAUAUUACUUGGCGGUGCCAUGGCCGGUUGUUGCAUGUUUCACUUUUAACAUUUAGCUAGAAAUAUAAAUAACGAAGAUAUAUUAAUUAAAGUAAAUUGUACCCGACGUCAUGGGACGACUGUAGAGGCUGUUAGUAAUGCGCUCAGAUAAAAUGGUCUAGAGUUCAAAAGCAAAGAACCUAAAGUUCCUGAUUGUCACCUUCUACUUCGUCUCGUGGCUUCGAUGUCACUCAAGCUUAUGAUUGAACUGAACAUCCCACCCGAACCACUCGAGUUUGUGCUAAUCACUAUUUUCACGAGAUUUUUCCAUCGGACUCACAUACGUAUCACUCGAACAUGACUUCGACGUUAGCAUCUCCACAAAAUAUACAAUAUUAUAACGAAAACGAAAUACAUCGGAUGCCAUGUUUUGCGAAGCGUGUAUUUGUUGACUAUUCGUGUACAAAAGAAGAAUAGUGCGUAUUAGAUUAAGCUGUUCGUUUACGAGGAAUGAAAAAAAGAAGUUCUUAUUCGAAUACGUGAGGAUUUAACUUUUAUCCGUCCGUGGAAAAAUAUCGUGAAGAUUGCUCUAAGCCAUCCCAAAAACUGUAUAGAAUUCGAAGAUAGCCAGGAUAGCGAUAGGUAUAUCAUGGUCUAGAAAAGAGCAACAGGGCUCCACCAUACUUAUUUUUGUAUCACCUCUACACGCAGUAAAUCCAUAGAACAAUCCACUUACAACUUUUUGGUAAAACAGAAAUUUUCGAACAGCAAAAAAACCAAUAUGCGUUUUCAACUCCUAUAUAUGUAUUGCAGGCAAAAAUUAAUAACGGAUGUUUUUCAACGUCUCUUGCGUGUCCUGACACUUUCUAUCUUGAAAUACGAUUUUUACCAUCGACAUCCGUGAAUAGGAUAAGAGAAGAAUUAUAUGAAAUUGUGAGACCCGACGAUCCUUUUAAAAUUGUCAGGCUAUAUACGCUCCAAAAUGACCGAUAUAGCCAAGAUACAUUCUAAAUCCUUAAGUUGAUAAUGGCGUGAACAAUUAGUAGUUUUUGUAUCACUGAUAAAGCAACGCCGCAUUGGAAGAGAGCGCGUUCUUUUUGUUGUUUCUAAAAUAGUUUUUAAUUAUUUAGUGAUUCAAUUUGGGCUCUGAAAUAAAUAAAUAAAUAUAUAUAUAUAUAUACAUAAAAGUAUAAAAAUUAACGUAUUUUCGCGUUUGCGUGAACUCUGCCUUUGGCGCAUGAUUUUAAGGCAAGUGAAAUAUCUAAUUUGUGGCAAGCAUUGUUUAGAGAUGGAAAAUGAAUCAUUGAAUAGUUACAGAUGAUAUAUUGUACGAUGAAUCUUAUUCGUAAAAAUAAUGCAUCUAAAAGUGUCUGAUGCCAACAUCUGGCACAUAUCGAGGCUCGCUGCUGGUAUCAGAAUAUUAUUUCACAUUUCAUGCAAACGCGCAGACGUAUUUUUAGAUUGUUUGUUUCUAUUACUCUUAUGUAAAUACAUAAAUAUAUUCUAUAGAUUUAUAGGUUACAGUGUAAACAUAAUCAAUACUGUAUUAUACUGAUAACAAUUUGUGGUAUAUUACAAAUACGAUAGGACAUAAUUAUUAUUGAUUAUUGAGUAAAAAUAAGAAAUAUUGGUUAGUGUUUGCCCACAUUGUUCCCGUCACGCAAUGGGUACAAAGGCGUAUUAUUAAGGUAUCAAGCAAACAAUACAGAAAACACAAAUUUCCUUAACCAACAGACCUUUGAUAUCCGACUUUUUGACCCUCAAGCCCAAAUCCUCGCAACACGUUUCCACGUCGUGUGUACCUCCAACACACGAACGACACAAUUUUACAACACUAAUCAUAAUUGCAUAAACCUAUAUUAAAAAGAAUAAGUCUAGAAACUAUCAAGCAUAUAAUAGUAGUACUAGCACUACGCAUCAAAUGCUAAUAUAUGAUGGUGAUUUGCAAUGAAUUUAUGUUCAUUUUUAUUGUUUUCUGUACAAAGACUUAAUUAAACGAUUUCAGUCCCAAGAA